AUGGCAAACGGCUCUCAGAAUGGCGUGUCCCGAAUGAACUGUCAUCCUCAAUACUAUCUCCAAGAUGGUAAUAUCACCUUCCACGUUGAAGGCACUCUAUUUCGUGUCCACCGACACUUCUUUGAGCGCGAAUCGCAAUUUUUCAUUCAGGAAUUUGCAAAAGCUCCCCAGGGGGGAACUUCCGAUACCAGCGCGUUUCGACUUGAUGAAGUAACCGCCGCCAACUUUACGAAAUUCUUAUGGGUCUGGUAUAGUCCCUUGUACAGACGCGGAAACCUGAGUGAACCAAAAGAGCAUUGGCUCACCAUACUAGAGCUCUCGACAAAGUGGCAAUUCCUAAAUAUGCAGAAGCUUGCCAUCGAUGAGCUCGAGAAGCUCGAUAUAGAACCCAUUGAGAAAAUCACCACGUACGACAAACACAAGAUCGAUAAAUUGCUCCUUUUGCCUGCAUACAAACUCCUAUGCAAGCGGACGACCCGAAUAACCGAUGAGGAGGGUGAGCAACUCAAGGUACCCACCCUCCUCAGGAUAUUCGAGGCCCGUGACCGUGCGAGGAGCGCAGCGGAGGGCAGGAACCUGUCCUCCGCUGAUGCAGACAAGAAGUGGGAGAGGAUUUUGAUUGAAGUGUUCGAACUCAACAGUCACGCUACUAAUCAACAGGGCGCGCAGUCGCAGACAAAGUCAGACCCAAAUUCGAAGCCGAAUCUGAAUGGGAACGGGAAUGGAGCUGCCAAUGGCCAUAAGCCGUCUGGAUCAGGUUCUUCUACCCAGAAUGAUAAGCAACAGCAGAAAGAUGCGGACAACACCAAAGGCACGGCAAAGAAAUGAGCGAGAAGCGGACGGAAGGCGGAGAUCGCUCCACUGCGUUCUCGAUUCUUGCUAUAGAGAGGAAAGUGGAGCGCGUUCUGCUCAAUUUGUAUAUUCCAACAUUUAUCAAAUCUGUCAUAAAGGCAAUAUUCGCAUAAGUUGUUAUCUUUGUAUGAUAUCAGUAUCUUGAUUAGCCUAUGUAGUUUGAAAUUAUACACUGUCUAACGCUUGAA